GAUUGACUCCAUUUCAAAUCCAGAAUAUCCGAAUCCGGUACUAAGGUACGAACCAAACGCCAUCUUUAGUCACAACCAAAAACAGAUUCGAAUGCGCUACGCAAAUUGGGGAACAGAGGUCUGGAGCUUUCAGCUUUCGAGUCAGGGAAAGUAGACGGAAACUGAUCAAAAUCUCUCAUCCUCUAGCCUCUGAGACUAGAGGUUGAGUAACCAUGGCUUUUCUCCCCAUCCAAAUAGUUGUAUUAAUGCAGCUCUUGAUGAUUUUAGUUGCAUCCUUAUGUCUUAUGAAAAUUAAUGGUGUGGAUCUUGGAGAAGAAUUAACGGGAGGAGUACACGGAGGAGGCUCAGGUCAAGAACAAAGAGAGUUUGAUUACUUCAAGCUGGCUCUUCAAUGGCCAGGCACCAUUUGUCAAGGAAAUCACCGGUGUUGUGCCUCCAAUGGUUGUUGCCAAGGCUCGAAUUCGCUAUCUGAAUUUACAAUACAUGGACUAUGGCCUGAUUACAAUGAUGGAUCUUGGCCAGCCUGUUGCAAUGGUCCCAGAUAUGAUUCCAAAGAGAUUUCAACACUGACUGAUGUUCUCAAGAAGUAUUGGCCAUCUUUAAGUUGUAGUAAAUCAUCAACAUGCCAUGGAGGGAAAGGAACAUUUUGGGCUCAUGAGUGGGAAAAGCAUGGGACAUGUUGCUCUCCUGUUAUUCGUGAUGAAUACAGCUAUUUUUUGACGGCUAUUAAUGUCUACUCCAAGUAUAAUGUCACACAAGUUCUGAAUGAAGCUGGAUAUUUACCAUCAAACUCUGAAAAGUAUCCUCUAGGGGGCAUAAUCGCAGCAAUUCAAAAUGCUUUCCAUGCAACACCGGAGCUCCAGUGCAAAGGUGGUGCAGUGGAGGAACUCCGUUUGUGCUUCUUUAAGGAUUUCAAGCCUCGAGAUUGCAUCAGUGAACCUCACAUUAAAAGUUAUCUGGUUGCUUCAAGCUCGUGUCCCAAGUACGUCAGCUUGCCUGAUGUUCAAGCCUCUUCAAGAUAUGCUGACACAAGAGUGGCUUUCUGAAUAAUCAUCAACGUGGAACGUUAUGCCAGUCGUCUCUCAAAGACACCUGUACCAAAUGAAGAGCCAGAGAUCAUCUGGAGAUGAUGUUGUAUGACAGACUAUUAGAAAAUUGAACAUCAAGAAUGGGAUAUUUGUCCCUUUUGGACCAUCAUUGUUAACUGCCUCGGAAUUACAAGAUGUUUGGAGCUGUCUAAAGUUGUAGCAGUGUAUCUGACAUAAACAUUUCAUCCACUGUAGAUCUUCUCUGGUUGUUUAUAUGUAAUCUGUUAGUAGUUUAUUUGGUCAAA